AUGUCAUCUAUGAAAAAUCGUCCUCAGGCAGGCGACUAUAUAAAAUCUGCUAAAGGCGUAUCGUUUUCUUAUGCGAUUGGUUUAAAUACUUUUCAGAAAGGAACUCUCGGAGAUAAAGACAGUUAUGUAACGGGAACUUUACAUUUCAAUUAUGGGAAACCUCAACAAAUUAAGAGUGUUUGCCUUAAUUUUAAAGGCGUCGAAAAAACAACUUGGCAUAAAUCUCAAGCCAGGACAAAAGCCGUUUAUUCAGGUGAACAUACUAUCGUCGAUCUAUUAGAAGAAGUUUGGAAAACCGAUAAUCCGGAUGGUGGUAUCAUGAAUUUAGAUAUUCCAUUUAAAAUCAAACUUCCUAAUAAUUUACCUGAUACAAUUGAAACUGAAAUUGGUUCAAUUGAUUAUGUUCUUCGUGCUGUUAUUUCUCGUAAAGGAAGUUUAGGAUUAUCAACUUCAACUCAAGUUGCUGAAAUUAAAUGUCCAUUAAAAAGAACUUUAAUUUUAAAUAGCUCUGAUAAUGUUCCUUAUAAAUUACGUGGUGAAUCCAGAUGUGGUAUCGAUUAUCUUUUUAGUCUACCACCAAAAAACAAUUUUAAUCCUGGUGCAUACGUUUCUAUCCCCAUGAGAAUUCGCUUCUUAAAACCGGGUUGCAGUGUUGAAAGAAUUGAGAUGACUAUAAAAACUUGUAUGGAUUUUAGAUGUAGUAUUCCAACUGAGACACGUCAUGUCAAAGAAAUUGCUACCUCUUUAUUAAUUCCACGUCAAGAACUUAGAUAUACAAACCGAUCAUCUUCUGAUCAAUUUGACAAUGAAUGCUCACACACUAUUAAUCUAUUCGUUCCACGUAACAUUCAACCAACUUAUUCCGGUCGUUAUAUCAGCAUUAAUCAUCAACUUUGCAUAAAGUUUUGCUUAUGGGGCGCUGAUAACGAUUUUCAAGUAGAAGAAAGUAUAAGAGUUACAAAUGUUUUUGAUCAGCAACAACAAUCUUCUAAUGGUCAAUCUUCAUCUCAUUCCAACGUUUCUCCAACCUUUCAACGAACUAAAUCUCCUGAAGAAGAUACCGCUGAAGUUUAUGCUGAUGCUUAUAUUACAAAUGAGUGUGAAGUUGGAACUGCUGCAUAUUUAAAUCCAAGUGAUCGUGAUCAAGUCGAAAGAGCCUCUAAUUAUUCUAGUCAUUCUAGUCGUCCAUCUCAACAUUCUUUAAAAAUCGUCACCGAUCCGGAUCCUCAAUCCUUACCACCAUCAUACCCUAAAAUGUCUAAUGAACCAGUGCGUCAUAAAGCUCAUUAUAAUAAUUCAAUAAAUAGUGAAGUGGGACGCCCUAAAGUUUUAUACCAUUCUUCAUCAGCGGAUGACUUAAAUUACUCUAAAGUACCUUAUAUUUCAGCAACUAGUAAUAUAAUUCAUAAUUAUAUUUCAAAUGACGAUCAAUUUUAUUCCUAUGGAUUUGAUGAUGAGGAUGGUUCAACUUUAAGUCGUGAUGAUUUAUUACUCCAACAGAAAAUGCAACUCCGCCUUGCCCCUCUUCCUGCAAUACCUGUUAACAUGAAACAGGAUAUGAUCUUAUCUCCUACUCCUCGUGUGCAGACUGGAAAAGCCAUCAGGAGUCUUAAUGCUAGUGUCGGUAACAACAAUUAUCCACCUCCCUACGAUCAUGAACGUGGUCAACCCAUCAUUUAUGUCCCAAUGACACCACAACAAAUGCAAAUGAUGAUUGACACCAAACAGAUUCAAUCCAGAAGACAACAUCAUCCACCCACCACAAAACCUCCAGUUACUAAUCCACCUCUUUAUCAUGAUGAGCAAAACCAAAUAAUUGAUGAAAGUACUUAUUAUGCAUAA